AUGGUCAAGGCCGUCGCUGUCAUCCGUGGUGACUCCAACGUCAAGGGCACCGUCACCUUCGAGCAGGAGUCCGAGUCCGCCCCCACCACCAUCUCGUGGAACAUCAGCGGCCACGACGCCAACGCUGAGCGUGGCAUGCACAUCCACGCCUUCGGUGACAACACCAACGGCUGCACCUCCGCCGGCCCUCACUUCAACCCCCACAGCAAGGGUCACGGUGCUCCCACUGACGAGGACCGCCACGUUGGUGACCUUGGCAACAUCAAGACUGAUGGCCAGGGCAACGCCGUCGGCUCCACCACCGACAAGCUCGUCAAGCUGAUCGGUGCUGAGAGCGUCAUCGGCCGCACCGUCGUCUGCCACGCCGGCACUGACGACCUCGGCAAGGGUGGCAACGAGGAGUCCAAGAAGACUGGCAACGCUGGCCCCCGCCCUGCCUGCGGUGUCAUUGGUAUCUCUGCUUAA